GGAGAACCGGAAGAGAAUGCUCCGUUCUCUAGCGUGCAGGCGCAGCUUCUCACGCACGCGCGCGUCUUACAGGGCGCAGGCGCGUCAUUCUACUCACGCGCGCACGCUUUCUAGCACAGUCGCGUCUUUUGCGUGCGCGCGUGCGCGCGUGUGCAUCUUCUAGCGCGCAGGCGCGGUGGCCUCGAAGUCCGACCUGGGCCGGGACUCUGGGUUUAAUCAAUACUAUGAAACACUUAAGUAAAAACAAGUUGUCUUCACCUGUUGCGUUUGAAAGAAUCGUAUACAAAAAUCCUUCUGAAUACCAUUACAUGAAAGUUCAACUUGAGUUUCAAGAACAUGGAUUUAGAUUAACUGACGCACAGUUCAAACAGCUGAUUGUUUUGGCCCUAAGGGACUUGUUUGGAGAGGUUGGUGCUGCCUUACCCUUUGAUGUAUUGACGUUUGAAGAGAAGACCUUAUCAGCGAUCCUGAGAGUCUGUAGCAGUGGCCUUGUGAAGUUGUGGAGCUCCUUAACCCUGCUGGGGUCCUAUCAGAACAAGAAAUGUGCCUUCAGAGUUACGCAGGUGUCUCCAUUUCUUCUUGCAUUAUCUGGUAAUAGUAGAGAGUUCAUAUUGGAAGAAUAGAAACUGAAUUGGAAUUCACUGAAAAUGGUCUAGAAACAGUAAUUAUUUUUUGCCGGCCGUGUAUGCAGCCUUUGUAGAAAGAAGGACCUGCGGCUUGGGUUUGUAAAGGUUUAAAAUUUGGGAAAAUGUUCACGGUAAUUUCCAGUCACCGAAUUUUAUUGAGCACGAUAGGACCAAGGGUUUUCCAAGUCCUGCCCUUGCUGAACAAAAGGACUGGCAUUUGUGACUCAACUAAGUGGCACCUUCGAUGUUUGAAUGUAAAAGUUGGAGACCGUGCCGAGUUCACUAAGGCUUUUACCCAGAAGGACGUGGUUAUGUUUUCUGAAUUAACUGGGGACAUCAACCCCUUGCACUUAAAUGAAGACUUU